GGUGAACGCCUUGCAGGUUUGGAGGCACUCCGGCCAGUCGACGAUGGCCGGCAGGGCCUCCUUCUUCGCGCGCUGCCGGCCGGCACAGGGAGCCGCUGGCCAGAGGAGCCUGGACGUGACCAUCCACAUGAUGUUCCAGUGGAUGUGGCCCGCCUCGGGGCCCCGGGACGUGGCGCGCUGCCUCGCAGUCAUCUGCCGGCACGAAUUGCAGAAGAUGCGCGUGCCCACGCCGCGCAAGAUCGAUCAGUCUGACCUGAAGCCGUUAAGAGAGCUCUUCGAGCUCAUGGACGUCCAGAGAAAGGGCUACCUCACUGCCCAGGAUUUCGACACGUUCCGCUUCGGCGGCAAGGGCUACCCGAGCAACGAUUUGGAUGCGGACGUAGUCCAGGCCGUGUGCGACAACCAGCAGAUCGACCUGCCCUGCUUCCUGGAGCUCAUGUGCGGGCACAACGCGCUCGGGCACGCGGGGGCCCUGCGCGCCUACGUGGCGCCCGAGCCCGAGGCCGGCGGCCUCACCGCGGCGGGGGCCGGGCGCGGGCUGCGGUGGCUCGAGCGCGAGGAGGUCGGCUUCAACGGCUGGGUCGCGGAGGAGCCGGACAUCAUAGAGGUAUCGCGGCUGAGGUUCGUGGACGCCGUGGAGGACGAGGUACGUCGGCUGCGGCAAAUCGCAGAUGAUGCGCAGAUGUCGCGAUCAAAAGGGUACGUCUGGAAGGUGAUCGCGGCCACGCGCAUCUCCAGGUGGCCACCGGCAUUCCGCGCCGCGGCUGCCGCCCCCGCCGUUACCUUUGUUUGGCGGCCGCUGCUAGGGGCAACGGGAUGGUGGCUUUCACGGCAGCCGCUGCCGCCGUGGCCGCCGCAUUGGUUGCCGCUCUGACCAUGGCCGCUGCCGUUGUCGCCAUCGGCAGUCGUGACUAGGGCAGGUCAGGUGAGGAGCAUUGCUUUGGGAUUGUAUGCUCUGUUGAUGUUGUUGGUAAUUGCACGAAGCACAUUCCAUCUGACCUUGCGCUGAUCUCAGGUAGUCAGUUCGAUACGUGUUUAAAAGGGUCUGUCUUUCGUUCCCGAACAGAUGAGAUUUGUUACCGUGUCCGUUUCUGUCCGUGUUUGCGCAUUCGCCCACGUUUAUGCUUGCCUAUGUGUUUUCAUCUGGGGAUGUAUUUGCGC